UUUGACAUGCUCCUAGUUUGCAGCCAUAUUUCGAUAUGUUCUACAGGGAGUUCAGAAUUAUUUCAGGACCAAUCUUUUCCUCAUUCAUUUUCCCGUCGAUCAUGAAAUUUUUAGAGCGGAACAAUUGGUUUCCAGGCGGUCCGAGCGGUUUUCGUGAGAAGGGUGCAAAAAUCGGCGUCAUUUUUAGAGCCUCGACACCAGCUCAACACAGGACCCUAUGGGAGACGGUGAAGUAGCGGGAGCAAUAAAUAGAGCGCUCUAAUUUUAGCUUAUUUCCCUGGUGUGUCACCGACUGAUCUUGUGUUCUCACACAUCCGUUUUGAAAAUAAAGUUUUCAGGAUGAAAAUGCCAAGGAUACAUGAUGCAUCAGCUUCAGAGAUUCUACAGUUCCAGCAGAGCCUUCUGAAAUGGUAUGAUCAAAAUCAUAGAUCCUUGCCAUGGAGGGACAUUGCAGCCAUGGAAGCAGAUAGCAAUAAGAAAGCAUAUGCUGUUUGGGUCUCAGAAAUCAUGCUACAGCAGACCCAAGUUGCCACUGUGGUGGAGUACUUCAAUAAAUGGAUGAAAAACUGGCCAACAGUUGAGGCCUUGGCCACUGCUGACCUGGACGAAGUUCUGAAGGUCUGGUCAGGACUGGGCUACUACUCCAGAGCCAGGAGACUUCAUGAAGGAGCUCAAAAGGUAUGUGCCGACCUGGAGGGCCGGGUGCCGGACUCGGCCGAGGCCCUGCUCCGACUGCCCGGGGUCGGUCGGUACACGGCCGGCGCGGUGGCGUCCAUUGCGUUCGGCCAGCGGACGCCCGUCGUCGACGGUAACGUGGUGCGCGUGAUGGCCCGAGUUCGGGCCGUCGGAGCCGCCUCCGACUCCAAGCCGGUGACCGACUGGCUCUGGAAGACGGCCGGUGAGCUGGUGGAUCCGGACCGGCCUGGCGACUUUAACCAGGCCCUGAUGGAGCUGGGGGCGACCGUGUGUACGCCGCGGGAUCCCGCCUGCCGCACGUGCCCGGUCCGGCCGCAGUGUGCCGCGUACAGGCUGACCGGCCAGCGUAACGGACCCGUGAAGUCCACCUCGGCCGUCUCGGCGCCGGUCGUGGACAUUGAGGAGUGCGGCUCACCGUGCCCGCUCUGCCUGCCUACCGACCUCUGGGAGACGGAGCGGGGAGUGCUCAACUUCCCCCGCAAGCCGCGGAAGGCAGCGCCGCGCGCUGAACAGGUGGCCACCUGUGUGCUGCACAGGGACCGGCGCCGCUUCCUGCUCUGCCAGCGGCCCGAAUCAGGUCUACUGGCGUCACUGUGGGAGUUCCCCUCUGUCCAACUAUCAGAGGAGGAGCCAUCAGACUCGGCCGUGGACUCGGCCCUCCGCCGCCUGCUGAGCGGCUCUCUGGCCCCGCCGGCCGGCCCACUCCAACCCGUGGGGGACAUCACCCACAUAUUCAGUCACAUUCGCCGAGUGUACCGGGCGCGCUCCGCCCCACUGAGCAGGGAAACGGAGGAGCCGCCGGUGCCCGAGGGAUACCAGGCCGCCCGCUGGGUGUCGCGAGAGGAUCUGCUUCAGGCCGGCAUCCCCACUCCGGUCAGAAAGAUUCUGAAGCUGUUCGAGGCUGAGUCUACACCGAAGCGCACCCUUGCCCGGACUACACAGAAGUCUGACGGUAAGCGGCAGGCGUCACUCACAUCGUUUUUCGGGCCAGCGACCCGCCGUCGGCGCACAGAAGAGGCGGAACAGAACUAGUCUGUCGGGGUGUCUUACCUCACUGGGAAGGCAGCGAUUCUCUUGGAGGUCAGUGCCUAUGGUAUGCUGCUACGAGACACUGGUGUGCCUCAGGGAGCGGCCAGUGGGGCUCAACGGUAUUGACGUUUUGCCAUAAUGCGUAGAGAGAGUAGCUCGGCGGGGCGGAGCAGCUGUUGGUGGGACGUGCCUUACCGUUAACCGGCACGUCGGAGUGUGAAGCUACUCAAGACAAGCUAUGUUGGGUUCCUAUUCCAGAUAGGGUGGAUAAUGGAUAGUUUUCGUGCCUCGUGUUUUGAGUGACGUCGUUUGUAGAUCUUUUGCCGAGUUUUAGUGAAUUUUCCAUAGUCGUAACUCCUAAUGUUCUAUCAUUUUUUAGAGGUGAAGUAACCAUGUCGAGUACCUGAAAGCCAUCGCAGAUAGCAUUGACUGGGGAUACGAAACGAGUCAGAAAGACUUUCGUGCCAUUCUCAUUGGGAGUUCCUGUGCCAUUGCUUUGUCGAUGGUCUUUUGCUGAUUAUUCAGCGCAAAACAAACAUACCCGAUGAUAAGCUGUGGUAUUUACCAUGUAGCAGAACAUUUUGUAAGUCUUUUACAAGCUCGUGUCUCCUGUUGGCUCAUGACAGAACGCAAUAUACAAGUUGUUACAAUUUUCAUACAA